AAAAUACUAACUAUUCACUGAAGACAUAUCUUUCAUUCAUUUUUCUAUUUACAGAAAAUGGGCUGUUCUUCGUGUUUAAGAUUUUCAAACGUAUCCGGGGUCACCGCUGCGUGUUUUGUUGUAAUCUUUGUGCUAUAUUCUGUCCAGCGUUUGAAACCUGACAUUCGAAUAUUAGAGAUGACAUCACCUUGGAAGAGAAAAAAUACAAUCCUUACACACAGCGAUGGCAGUGAAAACCAUGUGAAGUAUGAAGAGAAUUUGGCAGGAGAUAGUGUACAAAUGGCAAAGUUCAAUACAAGAAAACAAGAGCAAAGAUUCAAAGUACAGCAACAUUCAAACUUAACUGAAGAAAAAAAUAUUAAAUCAAAUGCAGUUAAAGGCAAGGUUACAAUCAAAAGGGACAAAAAAAUUAAAAAAGCACAGAAAGCUACACAGACACAAAGACUGCAACAUUUCAGGAAAACAUGCAAGAAGUAUAAAUUUAAUGGAUAUAUACGAAAAACGGCACGAUUUCCUAAAGAGGAAUAUAUAAAACAGGAAGAUUACGCUAGUCCAGAAUAUUUGAUUCAGGUUGUAAUGAAAGAGGUGACUACAAAUCCGUUGAAACAUGAUGAAAAAGCUGUAUCAGCCUGUAUUGGCCUGUAUCAGGCUCUAUCAGCUAUAGGAACUUGUAGCCGGUGCUAG